AUGAGCGACUUUGAGGAUUAUGACUUGAACUUCCAGUCAGACCCGGAAUUGGAAUUUGGUCGACGACGAGGGACGGACUGGGAGGAUACGGCGGAAGACGCGGAGGAGGAAGAAGCAAUUGAAAUGGCACUGGAAGCUGCCAGAGCUCUCAGAGAGGAGCAAGCAGAACAAAGGAGAAUACAAAAGCUGUACCGCGAGAACCCGAGCAACCCAGAGCUAGAUACUCUCCGGCCAAUCAGAACCGAAGCAGAUCUUGAAAGAGAAUUCAAACGGUUCAAUGAAGUGGCAAGUGAUGUGAUGGAGAUUAGCAGCCUUCGCGCUGUGGGUCUUAACCGUUGCCCCGAGUGGACCGCCCUCAUUGCCGCCGUUCUCAACAUCAUCAUCAACGCCCCGGGUGGGCCGCCCUCGGUCAAGAGCAUCAUCAUCAGCGCCCCGGGCAACGCAGAGCUAAAUAUCCUCCGGUCAAUCAAACUGACGCGGAUCUCGAAAAAGACUCACCACGAAGGUCGAUGUCACAUGGUUGAAAAACAUGAGCUACCAGCCGGGAAGUUGUGGGGAGUACAGAAUGGGAGUGGUCACUACAUUCACCUCAGCGAGCCGAUCAUGAAGAAGAAACCGAGGGUGGAGAUCAUAGGAAUCUUGUUGCACUGGCUUCUACACCUCUGGAUCCAACUCCACAUGAAAAACCCGCCCAUGGACGAAAAGAAGAAAAGGCACAAACACCAGUUCCACUUGGAGUGGGUGGAGGCGAGGGUCGACAUCGAGAUCCCGAUUUCCCACAACGUCUAUGCAAAGGACGCUGCCGAGUUGCGGGUUCACAGGUGGCAUUGUACGAGGUGUGGAAGGACCUACUCCUCCGCAAGGAAUAUGGCUCCGAGCAAGUUGAAGGAUGAUGGCAAAGGGCGUAGCCCGUAUGCGGCGUGGCAUAAGAAGAAGUACCACGGGCCCUCCUACCUCUGGAUCCAACUCCACAUGAAAAAACCGCCCAUGGACGAAAAGAAGAAAAGGCACAAACACCAGUUCCACUCGGCGCUGGAGUGGGUAGAAGUGAGGGUCAACAUCGAUAUCCUCAUAUCACACAUGCGUCUACGCGAAGGCCGCUGCCGAGUUGCGCGUUCAUACCUCUCGGCAUGGAAUAUGGCUCAUGAAAAGUUGAAGGCCGAGGGCAAAGGCAUACUCUUUCCUUUCGGCUUUCUACGCUUCAUCAGCAUUAAGCAAAUAUGGUAUCCUCCCGCCUCGAACCUCAAGCACCGGCCCAAGCCGUGGCAGAUGGACUUCGCUACGUUUACGCCACUCCGGCCUUGCCAUCCCUCCGCCCACUGCCCUCUCGGCGCCCGAUGCCGAGGCGCAGAUCCUGUCUCUCUGAUCCAAGAAGCAUGGCACGUCCCCUUCCCGCAACGUGGAAACCUGGCAGCCAACAUCGCUGGUGUCAUCCAGGGAGAUACCCACUAUCAGGAGGAGGGAGAGGAAGACGAGGAUGAGGCCCCGAUUCCGGGGGAGGCCGAAUUGAUCGGAUGUGAGAUGGAGGGAUGCACGGUGGUACCCUUCCAGUGCAUUUGUGAUGAAUGCGGGCUCUACCUGUGCCUCCAGCAUGGGUGA